CUUCAGGCCCAGGAGCAUCUCAGUGAAGGUGGUCUGUGGGGUUUGGGAGUCACGCUUACCUGCCUGUGAGUCGGUAGGAGUGAAGAGGUCGCCUUUUUUUAAUUAUUUUGUUCAUUGAUUUAAUAAUGCAAAUAAUCCUGUCAUCACUACUGUCCCUCACAUGAUCUUGUUUGUUCAGAGGCAUUCCCUUUAAACGUGCCGUGUGCCAGGUGUUUUAAAUUUGGCUUUCUCCACAGAUGAUCCCCGAUGUUUGCUGUCGUUUGUUUGCUGUAGUUGUGUUCAGUUGUGCUCCGUACGGAAGUGGACACAACUAUAUCGGUUUCAGUGGGAAGUAGGCCCUGCUUAGAGUAGCAGCGGGACUUGUGCCUGUGGGCCCUGGAGAGAAAGAGAGAAUGCCUCCUUUGGGAAUGACCAACCAGGGAGCACUGAAGGGCUGGGUGUAUUUUAAGAUGUUCCUUUUUUUUUAAAGGAAAGAUGGUUUUCCUUUGUCUCGUGGUGUCAAUGCCUUGGUGUGGGAAGGCUGCUGCUUACUUAACUUGUUCCCUGAUUGCAGUUUCCGGGAGCCAAGUGUGCCGGUCAAAUAAAAGUCCCUGGGUCUGUCUGACGUGCUCGAGUGUCCAUUGUGGAAGAUAUGUGAAUGGGCAUGCAAAGAAGCAUUAUGAAGAUGCACAGAUUCCUAUGACCAAUCAUAAGAAAACAGAAAAACAGGAGAAAGUUCAGCAUACUGUGUGUAUGGAUUGCAGUAGUUACAGUACAUACUGUUAUCGUUGUGAUGACUUUGUAGUCAAUGAUACCAAGCUGGGCCUGGUACAGAAGGUCAGAGAGCACCUACAGAACUUGGAAAACUCAGCCUUUACAUCAGACAGACAUAGGAAAAGAAAACUAUUGGAAAACUCAUCUCUGAACAGCAAGUUAUUGAAAGUAAAUGGAAGCACCACUGCCCUUUGUGCCACAGGCCUGCGGAACCUGGGGAACACUUGUUUCAUGAAUGCAAUCCUGCAGUCACUCAGUAACAUUCAGCAGUUUUGCUGUUACUUCAAAGAGUUGCCUGCAGUGGAGCUGAGGAAUGGGAAGACGGCAGGGCGGCGAACUUACCACACCAGGAGCCAGGGGGAUAACAAUGUUUCACUUGUGGAAGAAUUCAGAAAGACACUCUGUGCUUUAUGGCAAGGAAGCCAAACUGCAUUUAGUCCAGAGUCUUUAUUUUAUGUUGUUUGGAAAAUAAUGCCAAAUUUUAGGGGAUACCAGCAACAGGAUGCCCACGAGUUCAUGCGUUACCUUUUGGACCAUCUACACCUGGAACUCCAGGGUGGCUUCAACGGUGUUUCACGUUCAGUAAUCUUGCAAGAAAAUUCUAACCUGUCUGGAAGCAACAAAUGUUGCAUAAAUGGAGCAUCUACUGUUGUCACUGCCAUUUUCGGAGGCAUUCUUCAAAAUGAAGUCAACUGCCUAAUAUGUGGGACUGAAUCUAGAAAGUUCGACCCAUUCCUAGACCUUUCGCUAGAUAUUCCAAGUCAGUUCAGAAAUAAACGUACUAAAAACCAAGAGGGUGGACCAAUGUGCACGCUACGAGAUUGUCUUCGCAGUUUUACAGACCUGGAAGAACUUGAUGAGACAGAGCUGUACAUGUGUCACAAAUGCAAAAAGAAACAGAAGUCCACCAAAAAAUUCUGGAUUCAGAAACUACCAAAGGUGCUAUGCUUACACUUGAAACGCUUUCACUGGACGGCAUAUCUGAGAAACAAGGUCGAUACGUAUGUUGAGUUUCCCUUGCGAGGCCUAGACAUGAAAUGCUACUUGUUAGAGCCUGAAAACAGUGGCCCAGAGAGCUGCCUGUAUGACCUCGUGGCUGUGGUUGUGCAUCACGGCUCAGGCGUUGGCUCCGGCCACUACACAGCGUAUGCAGCGCACGAGGGCCGCUGGUUCCACUUCAAUGACAGUACUGUAACCCUGACUGACGAGGAGACCGUGGGCAAGGCCAAGGCCUACAUCCUCUUCUACGUGGAGCGCCAAGCCAAGCCUGGAGCAGAGAAACUUUAAUACCUCCUUUGCAUUCUUACUUAUCAAAGUCCACUGGACAAACAUUUCCAUUUUUCCAUAAAUACUUGAUCCAAGACUUAUUAAUUUCAUUGUGCACUUUGCAAUUUCCUCUUGUGGGUUUUUGUUUUGUUGUGUCAAUGGUAGCAUUUGACUUACUGAACUUGGACACAAACUAACUUUUUUUUUAGUUAUACCAGAAAACCUCAGCAGAUUUUGAUUUGCUGCUUUAGUUGUGAUAACUCAAUUUUUAUAUAUAUAGUUUCAUGAAAUAGUUAUUUGACUUUUUUAUAUUAAUGUUUUCAGUUCUCACUUUCUAAAGGCACAUUUACAUCAAAAAAACUCUGUCCUCCUUACAAGCAAGAUAAAUGUGCUUUUGAUCAUGAAAAGCAAUACAACUUCAUGCUGUUCGCAGUCCUAUUAUGUAGAUAUGACUUAAUCUCUUUAAAUCAAGGAAUUGUUUGCACGUACUACUUUCCCUCGUGCAAGAAACUUAAACAGUGACCUCUGACCAAUCAUCCUUUGUCUGCAGAGGACAGGCAAUAUAACAUCAGUAAGUAGGCCAGGUAAUUGCUGCUAUAUUGGUGUAUUCAGGCUGGUGAAUUUCAGGAAUCAUUGUAAAUAAACAGUUGGUUCAAUUGUAUCAAUACUGCAAUUUAAUUACAGUACUGCUCAGCUAUGCUGCCCCCUACCCCCUGCAAAUUCAAAACAAUUAUCUUUACCUGUCUAAAUUACUUUGCCCUUUAUGGAACCUGAAUUGCAUUUGACAUCUCUUGGUUUACACUGUCAUCCUGAAAUUGGACCGUGAACACUUACGUGCUUGAAAACUGUGGAGACUUCCUGGCAGUAGAAUCCCAAGUAAAACCCCUUAGUUCCUAGUGGGAAUUGGAAGCACAGCCCCAAGGGCUGGGGUUUGUGAGAACAGGCGUAGGUCUAAAUGCAGCUCUGCAUGCAGCUCUGCUCCAUGGCUACAGUUCACUUGGAAGCACGAGGAGACAGAUGGUGUUGCAGGUGCUUUGCAUGAAAUUGUUCUGUCAGUUCAAGUGCAAACUCAAGGAAGGAUGCUCAGUCUCUCACAGCAGAGCCCUCACAGGAGAAGUGCUAAGCGUGUUUGUGACUGGAGCAGGCUCAGAGAGCUCCUGUGGCAUUUACACACUGGCCCAGGGUGGCAUUUUUUUCAGUCUCUAGGUGAACACUAGAGUCAUGGUGCAGUUUCUAAAACCUGGCUACGUAAUAGAGAAAGACUACACUAAAAAACCCAAACCAGUUUUAGCUCUACUGCUGAUGAGUGGAAGUCAGCUACUGUGAUGGGAAAGGCAGACAGGAAAACCACUACUGCCAAAGCCAGGAAUCUGACAGAAAACAUGAAAUUUGAGAACUGCUCCAUUUCAGAUCUGUUCCCUCAGUCUCUCCUUUCUAGCUGGCUGUCUUGUGCCAAGCAAGGAGCUGGACGCUCCUGAAAGCUCAGUACGAGGAGACUACAGUUCAUGGAGAGUCCCACCACCAAACAGCAGCUCUUAGUUAACUACAAAGUUCAGUUGUCUGAAAACUCCAAGUGGGAGUCCUGUUUUAGUUGAUGCCCCCGAAGGACAUAGGUGGGGAGGCUGGAGUGGAGCCCAGAGCAGCCUGGGGCACAGGGAGUGCACAGCAGUGCCUUGCCCUGGGGUCCUGCUGGCUGUUCACAGGCCACGAUAAGGACAAAUUGGAGUCAGGCAUUUGGUACAGGGCCAUUCUUGAGAGCUUUGUCACAGCAGCUUAAACCAGGAAAGGGAGAAAUUGGCUUAAUCCAAAACUGCAGAAGUCAUUCAGCAUGGCUAAUGGGUUUUGAAGUGUGCACACAGGUUAAGACUAUAGCGUUAUUUGAUACAGUGACAUAUUUAUAAGGAUGCUGUCUUUUACUUAAGUUGAACAGUAACUAGAACUGCCAUUUCUUUAAGCUGUAGAUAGUUUGUCACCUUCCCUUCCUUACAGGCAGUCUUUCUUCUAAUCGAGAGUAGGUUGCUGAUACUUAGACAAGCAGAAAAUGGAGCAGGUAAAGCAUUGUAUCACAUUCCUGCCAUUCCUGCUGCUCACAGGGACCUGCACAGAUGCCACCUCUAGCUGUGUUUUCUCUGCAUGCUGCUUGGACCGGAUUUUUUUAGAAUUUACCUUUGAGAAUGCCAAGCUUAAAAUACAUGACUAUCUCUGGGCCAACAGCAGUUUAACUUACAGUAGUCAGGUGUAUGCAGUGUUCUUGCAAAACAGUGAUGUAAAUGUGCCUUUCUGUAUUUUUAGAAAUUUAAAUUUGUAAUCUUCAGCAACAUUCACUUCUUUUAAUCGACUUCUACUUGUCAGCAAUUGUUUGGGUCAGAGUUAUGUUCUGACUUGAGCAUUUUCUUUCAGUCCCAUUUGCUGUGUCCCACGCAGCUCCUGGGCAGUGGUGUCUCCAGCAGGGCUGUGUGGGGCUGCUCUGGGGAAACGAUGCAAUCACAGCAGGCUGUCCUUGCAGCAGGUGCUGCUCAGGACUCAGCCAUAUGCUUUGCUGGAACAAGUACAUUGUAAAUCCUUUCCUAAUUUAAUUUUCUCCCACUGCAAACUCAGAUGGGCAGUAUGAACAGUUUGUUGUGGCAACACAAGUAUUUCUCUUCCUGGUGGAGAACUUUGCUUAUCCACUGUAUUCUAUUCAGUGUGGUGUCGGAAAAAAAGUAACUGAGCACUGAACCAGUAACAUAAUACUGCACCUGGCCUAGUAUUACCUUUUUAACCUAGCUUGUAUAUCCUGUAUUUAUCUAUUCGCUUGUGGGGGGGAAUAUCUCUUUCAUUUAAGCCAAAUGUUUUUUUCUACUUACUGCUCAUCAUAGUACACACUAGCUGGCAAGAAGAUUUUUUUCUUGCUUGAGACUGCUCUGCAAGCAGCAGCUGCUCUCUACAGUUCAAAGACUUGCAUCUUUUCCACCAAAAUGUGUCCAAUCAAAGGUUGUCCUUUUGUUACUGAUUGUUUAGCCACGUAUACAACUGGAGCCAAUAUUUAUGUCAAUCAAACCAGCAAAAUGUCCAGCUCCUAAAUGUCAGCAAGAGAGUUUAAAAGUUUGAGACAGGAAGGGAUAGUGGACUUGUAUCAAAAACAGGAGGCCAUUUAUGAUGAUUUUGCUAAAUCAGUGGGAAGUGUAACACAUGGUGUUAAGUUCCCCCAGCAAUGUUUCAUUACUGAUGUGUCUGUGUCUUACUGAUGAGGUAAUGGGCACCUUGACAGCUGAUUCCAACGUGCUUUAGGAUAUUCUCAAGUACUGUAGUGCCAUAGUUGUAAUUGUUUACCAUUAAAAUCUUGUGUGUAAUUUUCAGUGAGGAUUACUGACUGUGCUCAUCUUGUGUGUUUCUGGAGCAUUUCCAGGAUGAAUGUGAAUUAUAUCUCAUCACAUAGUGUGUUUAUGGAAAAUGUGCCAUUAAAGUGUCUCCUUUCCUUAGAAAAUGAAACUCCUUGUCCUUCUACAGGCUUGCAGAACAUUGGUGUAUGUCCUCUGAACACAAAUGACAGAAUACUGUACCUUGGUCUGGGAAAAACAAAAUAAAGCAAUUGCAGUGUUCCUAACUCUGUCACACCUCUACCAAACUUAGCACCUAACCCUAAAGAGGACCUGCCAUUCCAUUUUGAACUCCUUGUCACCCAACUGUUGUUAAUUUUUAUGUCAGAUUGUGGUGUGUCCCCUCUGUCUGGCAAGAGUCCAUCCUAACAUCCUUGUCAUUCAGUUUUGCUAGAUUGUUGAUUUGUUGUUAAUUUGGGGGGUUUCUUAAUUGGCAUUUUUUAAAAUAGUAUUCCUGUUAUGUGUAACUCUGAGAAGUCUCAACUGUUUAAACCUGCUCAAAAACAAAGGUAAGUUCUUGAGAUUUGAAAAUGCUAAUAUGAGAAUGAAGAACACCUGCAGGCACAUCUUUUAAGCUGCUGUUUUCCAGUAAACUGCAUUACC